CGUCGUCGAUGACGUCAUCGCAAGGGGUGAAGAGGGUCAGGAAGAGCCACGCGUGUGACAUGUGUGGGAAGGGAUUUAGGGACGUCUAUCACCUGAAGCGACACCAGUUAUCCCAUUCCGACGAGAAGCCGCACCAGUGCCCAGUGUGCCAGCAGCGCUUCAAGCGCAAGGACCGCAUGAGCUCCCAUGUGCGAUCCCAUGACGGCUCCGUGCAGAAGCCCUAUGGGUGCAGCCACUGUGGGAAGAGCUUCUCCAGACCCGACCACCUCAACAGCCACGUGAGGCAGGUUCACUCCACGGAGAGACCCUUCAAGUGUGAGCUCUGCUCUGCUGCCUUCGCCACCCGGGACCGGCUCCGGGCUCACUCAUUACGUCACGCGGGGGGCGGGGCCAAGGCCGCAGGCCACGCCCAGCCCCGCCCCCAGCCACGCCCCCAGCCCCGCCCACCGGCCAACUGCGGCCUCUGCGACAAAGGUGCAGGGGGUGAAUCCUGCCCCAUGGCAGCCCCAGGGCCUCCCCCCCCAGCUGUGGCUGUGCUGCCUAUGGAGGGAGCCCCACAGCCCUGGUGAGGGGCUGCUCCUGCCCCAUGGAUCUAUGGGGCACCCCAUAGACAACAAUGGGUAUGGGGAGAGCCCCAUAGCAACGCUCAGCCCCAUAGAUCUAUGGGGUGCCCGAUAGUGAAGGAGAUCCCCAAUGGAUCUAUGGGGCGCCCCAUAGAGCACAAUGGGUAUGGGGAGAGCCCCAUAGCAAUGCUCAGCCCCAUAGAUCUAUGGGGCGCUCAAUAGUGAAGGAGACCAGCAAUGGAUCUAUGGGGCACCCCAUAGAGCCCAAUGGCUAUGGGAAGAGCCCCAUAGCAAUGCUCAGCCCCAUAGAUCUAUGGGGCAUCCGACGGUGAAGGAGACCAGCAAUGGAUCUAUGGGGUGCCCCAUAGAGCCCAAUGGCUACGGGGAGAGCCCCAUAGCAACGCUCAGCCCCAUAGAUCUAUGGGGCGCCCAAUAGUGAAGGAGACCCCCAAUGGAUCUAUGGGGCGCCCCAUAGAGCCCAAUGGCUGUGGGUAGAGCCCCAUAGCAAUGCUCAGCCCCAUAGAUCUAUGGGGCACCUGAUAGUGAAGGAGACCCCCAAUGGAUCUAUGGGGUGACCCAUAGCGAAGGAGACUCCCUAUAGGUCCAUAGGGUGCCCCAUAGCGCCACAGAGACCCAGAGAUAUGGAGACAGCCCCAUAUCAACAAUGAGCCCCAUAGAUCUAUGGGGCACCCCACAGCAACACUGAGCCCAAUGGAGAUGGAUGGUGCCCCAUAGCAACAACGAGCCCCAUAGAUCUGUGGGGCACCCCAAAGUGAAGGAGACCCCAAUGGAUAUGGGUAGAAACCCAUAGCAACACUGAGCCCUAUAGUUCUAUGGGGCGCCCUAUAGUGAAGGAGACCCCAAUAGAUAUGGGGAGAGCCCCAUAGCAACGACGAGCCCCAUAGAUUUGUGGGGCACCCCAUAGUGAAGGAGAUCCCAAUGGAUCCAUGGGGCUGCCCCAUAGAUAAGAACACCCCAAUGAAUCUAUGGGGCUGCCCCAUA